CCUCUACAUCUCAAGGUCGUUCACUCCUACAAGGUCACACCCACUCAAGGUUGAGAGUGCUCGAAGUCAUACAUGUUCAAGGCCACACUUCAAGGUCACUCGGAAACUCAAGAAAAAUCAAGGUCACACUUCAAGGUCACUCUGAAAGUCAAGGUCGCCAGACAACUCAAGGUCACACUUCAAGGUCACAUUUCAAGGUUGGCACCGAAGGUCAGCUCUCAAGGUCGUUUGGCACCGGAUGUCGGCGUUCUCUUCUACAUCUCAAGGUCGUUCACUCCUACAAGGUCAAACCCACUCAAGGCCGAGAGUGCUCGAGGUCAUAUAUGUUCAAGGUCACCCAUCAAGCUCACUCGGGAACUCAAGGUCACAUUUCAAUGUCACACUUCAAGGUCACUCGAAAACUCAAGGUCACGUUUCAAGGUCACACUUCAAUGUCACAUUUCAAGGUUUACACCGGAGGUCGGCGCUCAAGGGCGUCCCAGAUCAUACAAACCCUAUCUACUUACUUGCCAUUCCGAAUUUCCUUAA